AUGUCACGAUUUCUAAAUUUACGAGAAAAGCGCGACUUACAAAACUCAGCGGAAACUUUCUUAAGUGAUAAACAUUCAGUUUUGAUUAAAAGUAGAAUUCAUUCUCCAUUGAAGAAUUGGGAUGAUAAAUUAACUGAUCCACAAUCUAAAAUAUACAAACUGUUAUCAACUAGUUAUUGUGAAUUUUUACUACAAAGUUUUCGGCAUGCGAAUACAAGUCAAUUUAAACAACCAAAAUGUACGUUUAUAGAAUUCACAAAAGGUUCUAUUAUACUCAACGCAAUACUAACAUUUAACGAAGCGAAUUAUUCACUAUUAUCUUCACAAGAUCUAUCAAAUUUAUUGAUAAAAGGCAGUGAAGAAUUAAUCAAUUCCAUAAUUAGUGAUAAAAAUUUUUCUCUAGGAUUUAAUUUUAAUGGAGAUUUUUCACUCAGAUUGACUGAAAUAAAGGAAGAAAGUACUGUAUUACUUCCAACAUCACAACCGCUAUCAUCAUCAUCAUCACCACUUUCGAUCACGACGAUGACGACAACAAUAACGAUGGCUGACGCAAAUGAAAUGUACUCAUACAUGAGGAGUUCUAUGGAUGAAAUUCAAUCAAGUGUGAAUUUUAGCAGUGAUUUUAUGGAUACAGAACAAUCAUUGGCAUCAACAAUAUCUUAUGGUGAAACCAUAGAUACAACAACAUAUAGUGUAGCCUUGAAUUUUACAAUUCAAGGAACUAAUAGUUCACUAACAUGGGAUGAUGAUCUACUGAACACCACUUCAACCACUUAUCAAGAACUAUCUCGAAAUGUUUGUGAACUACUUUUAGCAGCUAUGAGAUCAAUUUUAUCAUCUCUAUGGAUUGUUGAAUGUGGUACCAUAAAAUUCAGAAAAGGGUCCAUUAACGUUGAUGCUGAGCUUAUUUUAAUGGUGAAUUCAUCAUCAUUUGUUACAACACUUGAACCUACAUCAAAUGUGUUAAAUGAUACUAAUAUAAUCAAAGGAAUAAAUGAGUAUGUUUCAACUGUUGAUCAAAAUAAUACAUUUGGAAUUUACAUUGAUCCAAAUUCAAGUAUCUCAUUAUCAUUGAUAACGAUAAGUAUGGAAUCAACAAUACCGUAUGACGAUCAGGUUAUAUCUGAUGUCAUAUCAUCUGAAACAUCUUCGUCUUCAGAUUUCCCAGUUAGUGUGUAUUCAACAAGUACAGCAGUCUCAUCAAUGCUGACUAGAUUGAACAAGUCUUUGGAGUGGAAUGACAGUUUAUUGGAUCCUAGUUCCGAUUUAUAUCGAAAUUAUUCAGCUGAAAUUUGUAAUUUGGUAAGUUUGUUACCGAGUUCUCAAUUGGAUUUACAUAAAAAUGAGGAAAACUGA